AUAUGAAUAUAUAAACUAAAAUAUCACCUUUUUCUUUCUUUUUUGUUUUGUUUUUUUCCCUUUAGAGUUUAUUUUUAUAAAUAUGAGAGAAAUUAUUCAUUUGCAAGCUGGUCAAUGUGGUAAUCAGAUUGGUCAAAAGUUCUGGGAAACUAUUUCUCAAGAGCAUGGUAUUGACACCAACGGUAACUAUUGUGGUGAUAACGAUCUUCAGUUGGAGCGUAUCAAUGUCUUUUAUAACGAAGGUUCCGAAGGCAAAUAUGUCCCAAGAGCUGUAUUAGUCGAUCUUGAACCUGCCACCAUGGAUAGUAUUCGUGGUAGUCCUUAUGGUAAGAUUUACAGACCUGACAACUUUGUUAAUGCUCAAUCUGGUGCUGGUAACUCUUGGGCCAAGGGUUACUAUACCGAAGGUGCAGAAUUAGUCGAGUCUAUCAUGGAUGUUGUUCGUAAGGAAGCCGAAAACACAGAUUGUCUCCAAGGUUUCCAACUUGCUCAUUCUCUUGGUGGUGGUACUGGUUCUGGUCUUGGUUCUCUUUUGCUUUCCAAGAUUCGUGAAGAAUACCCCGAUCGUAUCUUGAGUACUUACUCUGUCGUUCCUUCUCCCAAGGUCUCUGAUACCGUUGUUGAGCCUUAUAACGCUGUUCUCUCUGUUCAUCAAUUAGUUGAGAACUGUGAUGCUACUUUCUGUAUCGAUAACGAAGCUCUUUAUGAUAUCUGCUUCAGAACCCUCAAGUUGACUAACCCUGGUUAUGGUGAUUUGAACCAACUUGUCUCUGCUGUCAUGUCUGGUGUCUCCACCAGUUUGCGUUUCCCUGGUCAAUUGAACUCUGAUUUACGUAAGCUCUGUGUCAACAUGGUUCCCUUCCCUCGUCUUCAUUUCUUCAUGGUCGGUGUUGCUCCUCUCACUGCUUUCGGUUCUCAACAAUACCGUAACUUGAGUGUUCCUGAGUUAACUGCCCAAAUGUUUGAUGCCAAGAACAUGAUGGCUGCCUCUGAUCCUCGUCACGGUCGUUACUUGACUGCUGCCACUAUUUUCCGUGGUCGUCUCUCCACCAAGGAAGUUGAGAACCAAAUGUUGGCUGUUCAACAAAAGAACUCUUCUUACUUUGUUGAAUGGAUUCCCAACAGUGUCAAGACUUCUCUUUGUGAUAUUCCUCCCGUUGGACUCAAGAUGUCUGGUACAUUCAUUGGUAACAGUACUGCUAUCCAAGAUUUGUUCAAGCGUGUCAACGAACAAUUCACUGCAAUGUUCAGAAGAAAGGCUUUCUUGCAUUGGUACACUGGUGAAGGUAUGGAUGAGAUGGAGUUCACUGAGGCUGAGUCCAACAUGAACGAUUUGGUCUCUGAAUACCAACAAUACCAAGAAGCCACUGUUGAUGAGGAAUAUGAAGAAGAGUACGGAGAAGAUGAAAUGGAGGAUGAGGAAAUUAUGGAAGAGUAAAACACUUUCUGCUAACUACUCUCCCGAAAAAAAAAAAAAAAAAUAACCCCCACAACAACAUUACAUACAACUGCAAAAAAUUAUAUAAAUAACCCCCCCUUCCCUUUUUCAUUUAGUAUACAUUUUAUAAUUUAGUUUCGUGAUAAUAAAAUAUGACCUUAUAAGCACAAAA